AUGGCAUUUUCAUUUGGCUUUUCGGCGGACGAUGCAGGCAGUGACAUGGAAGAUGCGGCCGAUCCGGAAACGCAUACGGUAUCUAAUGCCGCUCCCGCAGCACGCAUGCCUGUGAAAUCACAUAAGCUUGAGGAUUUGGUAGAGGACCAACUGUCGAAUGACCAUGUCAUAGAUCAGCUGGAGAAAUCUGAUCUCCGGUCUGGCGUGUACGAAGGCGGCUUCAAGACCUGGGAGUGCUCGCUGGAUCUGGCAAGCUUGUUGCUGGAUCGUGGUCCUCGAAAAGAUAUCGAUGAAUUGAUCAGAUGCGAUCAGAUUGUGGAGUUGGGCGCAGGAAGUGCCUUGCCCAGUCUCGUGCUCUUCAGACAUGCCCUCAUCAAUGCCGUGUCCGGACUCACAUUCACGUUGGCCGACUACAAUGAAGAGGUUUUGCGGCUUAUCACGCUACCCAACCUCUUUCUGACGUGGGCUGGAGUCGCAAAUCUCCUCGACCAUUCCGACACAGGUAGCAUUGAAGGCGACCUCGAAGUGACACCUGAGCUGGCUGAGCGCUUCCAGGCGGACUUGCGAUCAAACGGAGUGUCGUUGAACUUGAUCUCAGGGCCAUGGUCCGCAGAAUUAGCUGAGCUGAUUCCAAUGUCAGCUCCAGAGAUGGGAUUGAUCAUUCUCGCAGCGGAAACAAUCUACAGCCCGGAGUCCACUGUCGCAUUCGUGGACCUGCUUGCGAUACUGCUGCGACGCGUCAAGAUGGCAAAAGCUAUGAUCGGGGCGAAACGCAUGUACUUCGGCGUUGGUGGUUCCGUCGAUGGGCUCAAGGAGGCUUGUCGCGAGAAGGGAGCUGUGGCAUACGAGGUCGAGAAUCAUGGGGUUUCAGGCAUGGACGGAAACGUGCCUCGAGCUCUGAUAGAGGUGCAAAUGUAUUGA